AUGUCCUGCCAGCAGAGCCAGCAGCAGUGCCAGCCUCCUCCCAAGUGCACCCCCAAGUGCCCUCCCAAGUGCCAGACCCCAAAAUGCCCCCCAAAAUGUCCUCCUAAGUGCCCUCCUGUCUCUUCCUGCUGUGGUUCCAGUUCCGGAGGCUGCUGUGGUUCAAGCUCCGGGGGCUGCUGCAGCUCUGGUGGUGGUGGCUGUUGCCUGAGCCACCACAGGCCCCGCAGAUCUCUCCGUCGCCAUCGUCAGAGCUCUGGAUGCUGUAGCAGUGGUGGCAGCAGUGGCUGCUGUGGCAGCAGCGGGGGCAGCAGUGGUUGCUGUAGCAGCGGGGGUAGCAGUGGCUGCUGUGGUGGCAGUGGUGGCAGUAGCCAGCAGUCUGGGGGCUGCUGCUGA